AUGUUGUAUCUUGAAACGGUUUCAAACUAUACGAUCCACCCGACUCUUGGCCCGAUACCCUUGAGUGGGUACAGGCGCAAAUCAUUCCAGGAGCGUCAUCAUCAGCAACUACAGCCUCUCUCGGUCAGCCCGCGGGCCAUCGACAUCGCGGCGGCCCCCGAGGCGAUGUCGACCGGCAGUGCGAGCCCGCUGCGGAAUCCGCUGGGCACAGCGUCGCCCGCGACGCCGGGCACGCCGAAUUCGGGGAGGCCCUUCUGCACGCUCACCGACUUCGGCCUCAAGCUGGUGGCGCACGCGCUGCAGGAGGGCCCCGACAACAACGUGUGCCUGUCCCCGUUCGGCGUGGCCGUCGCCCUGGGGAUGGCCAUCGUGGGCAGCAGCGACUCCACCACCGCCCAGGUGGUGCACGCCGUGGGCGCCAUCGACUCCAACAACCUGUACCGCACCUGCGAGAGGAUACUCUCCAUGCUCAACGGCGCCAUGCCCAAGACCAAGGUUGAGGAGGAGCGCUCGGUGUCGCUGGGCAACAGACUCUUCGUGUCCGACGACAUCCCGCUGCUGCCCGAGUUCAAGGAGACGUUGGCAGAGACCUUCUCCGUCGAUCUGGGCCGCAUGAAUUUCAAGGAAAAUCCGCAGGCGGCUGCCCAGGAGAUCAACGCAUGGGCAGCUAAGGCGACCGACGGCAACCUGACGCAUUUGCUGCGAGACGGGGACGUGAGCGAGAACACCCGAAUCUUGAUGGUCAGCGCCAUCUACUUCCGCGGCGUCUUCAGUGAGCCUUUCUGCGGACCCGUCAAGGCACCCUUCUACGUCAACGCAAGGGAGACGGCUCAAGUGGACAUGAUGGAGUCGUGCCGCGGGGCCCUGUACUGCCGCAGCACUCGCAUCCCGUGCGAGGCCAUCGAACUGUCGUACGUGUGUCGCACCCUGAGCCUGCUCAUCAUCCUGCCGGACAAGGGCGUCCCCCUGAGCAAGCUGGUGGCCGCCCUCAGCAACGACGUCGUGCGGCGCCUCAUGAAGGACCUCAAGCCCGUGCAAUCGAUGGCCGUGUGGCUGCCCCGCUUCCGGCUCCAGAACUCGUACUCCAUGGUGCCCGCCCUGAAGGCGAUCGGCAUCACCCACCUGUUCGACGACCACGUGGUCGACCUGAGCCGCAUGACGGGCAAGAGCACGGGACUGGCCGUCGACAACUUCGUCCACGAGGCCCUGUUCGAAACCUCCGAGGAAGGAGUCGGCGAGGCGACCAGGCCUCCGGAACCGCUCGACGCCUCCGUGAUCACGUUCCGCGCCAACAGGCCGUUCCUGUACGUGCUGCUCCACCACUACAACCACGCGGUCGUCUUCAUGGGGGCCGUCUGCAGACCGUGAAGACGUCGGUCCGCGGCGGUUUUCUCGGCGCCGCUCGAGUGUCGGACGGGGACGUGCGAUUUCUUUCUU